UCCAGGGCGGAAGGACCAGGUCUGAGGGAAGAUGGGAGGGGGCGUGGGACUCCACUCGCCACGGCGAGGCAGCCUUUGCAGAGCCUGGAAGAGGUGGCUGUGGCGGCAUGACCUCGACCUCCACCACCUCCUCCUCCUCCUCCCCCCAGGGCCAGGUGCUUGUUGACCCCCUGCAGGCGAAGCUCCUUCCUGGCUGCCGUGGUGGCCCUUUGGCCUCCCGAGAGUAGGGAGCUCGGUGGCGACUGCUGCUAAGCUCUCAAGGUGGCUUUGGCGUCUGCCAGGGGCAGCGCGCCCUCCUGAAUGUUGAGGGUUAGGGUCGCGCUCCCUACCCGCAGGUAGGGAUAUCGCGUCGGGUGUUUUAAGUAAUUGGUAUACAGUAUAAGAAUGCUGCGGGGCAGCACCGCGGGGUCGUUACAGUGCCUUCAUCCCCUAGAAGCGUUUGGUGGCUACUACUGUGUGUGCAGUAGGGUCUGCUGGGAUAGCCCAGUGGUUAGAGCAUGAGACUCUUAAUCUCGGGGUACAGGCCCCACGUUGGGCAACAUGAUUCCUGCAUUGCAGGCGGGGGUUGGACCAGAGGACUCUCGUGGUCUCUCCCAAUUCUACAAUUGUAUGUUUCUGAUUCUAUUUUUAUGAUCUUAUGAUCCAGACAGGACUCCUCUUGAUAGAUAUUUCUUUCUUUUUUUCUUUGUGUUUGGGAAGUGCGGGUGGGGAGAGCAGCUGGCCUAGUUGCUGUGCCCUAGGAACUGCAAAGGGGACAGGAUAUGGUGUGUGUAGUUUGUAUGUGGCAUUGGAUGUGCUCAUGUUGAAACUGCCAUGCUGAGGAGCUGAAGGAUUGGUGUCAUGAGGGCGUCUGUGAUUACCUGCUUUUGCUUAGUUCUGCAGCAUGUAGCAUUUUCUCUUUGACUAGGACUCCCAAAGUGACUUUUUACCCUGGGGAAAAAUUGGCAGCUCAUGGUAUAAUUAACCUGUGUAAUGUCCAAAUUCAGAAAUGCCUUAUGUGGAUCGCCAAAAUCGUAUUUGUGGUUUUCUAGACAUUGAAGAAAAUGAAAAUAGUGGAAAGUUUUUGCGGAGAUACUUCAUAUUGGACACAAGAGAAGAUAAUUUGGUAUGGUACAUGGAUAAUCCACAGAACCUUCCCUCUGGAUCUCCGCCAGUUGGAGCCAUUAAACUUACCUACAUUUCAAAGGUUAGUGAUGCAACUAAACUGAGGCCAAAGGCAGAAUUCUGCUUUGUCAUGAAUGCAGGGAUGAGGAAAUACUUCCUACAAGCCAAUGAUCAGCAAGACUUAGUUGAAUGGGUGAAUGUCCUGAACAAAGCUACCAAAAUCACAGUACCAAAGCAAACUGAUUCACAGGCUCACACUGAUAAUUCAACACGUCACACUGAAAAUGUGGGGUUAAAGAAGCAGAUGUCUUACAGGACAGAGAUUGUUGGUGGUGUUCCUAUAAUAACCCCUACUCAGAAAGAAGAGGUAAAUGAAUGUGGUGAAGGUGAUAAAAACUACUUGAAACGGUCCCAAAGCCACCUUCCAUAUUUUUCUGCUAAGCACCCCCCAGAUAAUGCUGUGAUUAAAGCUGGCUACUGUGUUAAACAAGGAGCAGUGAUGAAGAACUGGAAAAGAAGGUAUUUCCAGCUGGAUGAAAACACGAUAGGAUACUUUAAAUCUGAACUGGAUAAGGAGCCCCUUCGGAUUAUACCACUGAAAGAGGUUCAUAAGGUCCAGGAAUGUAAACAAAGUGAUAUAAUGAUGAGAGACAAUCUAUUUGAAAUUGUAACAACUUCUCGAACGUUUUAUGUACAGGCAGAUAGCCCAGAAGACAUGCACAGCUGGAUUAAAGCAAUUUCUGGUGCAAUAGUAGCACAGCGAGGACCUGGAAGAUCAGCAGCUUCUGAACAUUCCAACUGUUCUUCAGAAUCCACCUGUCCUGCAAAAACAGCAGCAGCCACCUCACAUUCCACAACCACUCACAACCCCUCUUUGGCCCAAACCCUUAACACCAAGCCCCUUGUCUUGGAGAAGCGAAGACUUCACGAAUCUUUUACCAAGACCAAGCCAGGGAGCUUCAAGAUCCAGGCUGUCCCUUCAAGAGACCCAGCUUCCAAAGUGACUCUACAGGGCCUAAUGGAACCUCAAAAUAAAAAUGGCACUCAGGAACAGGAUCCUGGCCCAGUGGAUCUGGAUGAUGCAAGCCUUCCAGUCAGUGAUGUGUAAUAAUGGGAAGAGUUUGGAGAGUGAUGCAUUUGCUUUAGGUCCUUGAAUUUCCUUGCUCAGACUUUUAGCCAAAGAUGACUAUGGGAUGAAAGAACAAAGAAUGGAAUAUUGCUUAUAUGUGUGUGCUUACAUUCAAAUUUGUGUAUGUUUAAAUUGUCAUAUGCUGCCUUGUACUGAUUAUCAGAGCGGACCUUUUGCUUCUACCGCAGUCUGAUGAUAAAUCUUUUUAAAGUGAGGGGCCAAAACAAAUGAUUAAAUAUUACUGUUGUCAAUAAGCAAGAUACCAGCUGCUUUUCAUCACCCAUAUGGCAAAACUGAGUAGUAUCUUUGUGCUUUAAUAAAAGAAAUGUCAACAUGUGACUUACUUAUACUCUAAUCCAGGCUAUUGACAAGCAAGUUGACUUACUUUCUUAAAACACUGGCACAGCCUUUCAGAUAUUUUAAUAUAUGUAUGCAGAGUUGUUUCUUAUAGGAUCAACACUGCGGAACCUUACAGAAAUAAGCAGAGCUUGAUAUAAUGUACUUUUCCUAUACACAGAGUCUUCAUGUAAAAAACAACGCUAUAAUGCUGCAGUGUCUGAAAUGAAGUGUAUUUUCCCUACCAUGAUGAUACAGAUUUGGCAGCUGCUGCAUGAUCUGAAUUCUUAUGGCACAAAUACCACCAGCACUGUAUUUUAGACAUUGCAUACACGUGUGUUAACUUACAUGAAAUGAGUGUCUCUAUGUGUGAGAAAAGCAUUCCUAAAGGCGAGGGGCACAGAGCACUUACACUGAUAAAAGUGUGCUGACUUUAUUGGAACUUCUUUGUAACUGCUCUGUGAAUCACUGCCCUUCUAUAAAAUUCAGUCCCCUUAGAAUUCCUGGUAUUUGGUGCUGUGAAACUAAUUAAAGAGUAAUACAGCUAUUUUGAAUAUUAAGCCUAUUUUUAUGCACUCCUAAAGGUAAAUUGUAAUUUUUGCACAUUUGGAUAUUAAUGGACCACCAAUAAAUAAGGGUGUCGUGGGGUUUUUUUAAGUAGGGAGAAGGGAAACUGGACUACUAAAUAAAUCUUUUACAAGUUUAACUAAAAGUAUUUUAUAUUAAGCUUCGCAGAAAUUAAAAGUUUAAAACUAUUGUCUUAAGAUUUUCCCCCUCCUAUAUGCUCCUUUCCCCCCAGUGUGGUAUUAAAUGGUUCUCAUUUUAUAUUUGGGUUAGUAAAGUCUAAACAAACCUGUUUCAUGCUGUUAACUGGUACUGAGUCGUUCAAUCAUGCAAUUGUGGCCUGUAACUUUUGGUGCACUAAAUUUAUUAAAAGUGCCUGUGGGUUCUUUCAUGAUGUGUUAAAUGUUUGGGGGUUAAUUGGAUGUUGAUUUUUGCUUUUGUGGUUUUGAACCUUAUUUUGUGUAGUGUAGUUCACAACAUGUAUAUAAAAAAAGAUACGCUCACGUUGCCAGCAUACUGGUAUCUAUUAGCUGUGCAUUGUGGUUUUUUAAACUGGAUGUUUGUUCAGGGUUUCAGUGAUGAAAAUAAUGGGUUUAAGACACUGAUGUUGGAUAUUUUGAUCAGAAUGAGCAUGCACUAUUUUGUAGUUAGGUUGUGAAAUUAUUUGCUUUAAUCAACAAGAGCCCCAAAGUUUCACAUGCUGCUGCUUAAUGCAAUUCAGUUUCCAGUUUGUAGUACUCUAGUUUUUUAAAAACCUUGUGUGUGAGAGAGAGAGAUGCUUGACAAAGCAUAGAAAAAAAGGGAAAGGGUAUUUCAGACAUUUAAGUGAAAAUGUCCACUGCUUCAGUGAACGUACAGUUGAGUUAUGCCCCAGCGGUACAGAUAAGCAACCUGUUUGAAAUUAAGGGUUCUGGAGUGAGGUUGUGUGGGAUUAUACUUCAGCCAAUAGGCAUGUUUCCUGCUCCCCUUGCUUGCCAUUUAGUAAGAUGUGGCAGAAGUGGAUUUCCCCUGUGUCCCACCACAAUUCAUUGUGGACUCUGGUUGUUUCCACAUACUCAAACAGGGUUUAAUUUGCUGCUGACUUUCAGUUGCCCCAACCCACAAACCUCAUUGGAAGAAGAUCGCUGCUCAUGGCCCAGUAGAGUUUAUUUAGCUUUGCAGGCAAUGGCACCAGAUGACGUUUUUCAGAUACUAACUAGACCAGGGGUCCCCAACCUGUGGCCCAUGGGCGGGAAGCAGCCCACAGAGGCUGUUUAACCAGCCCAUGAGCCCCCUGAACUGAGCUGCCCGCUCAACAAGUCCCCGUGUGCUGCGCUAAACCGGCGCAGUGUGGCAUGGGGACUCUCUUCCACAACUCUGGAAAUCACUUCUGCGCAUGCUCAGACACCAGAAAUUGCGUCUGCAUAUGUCCACGGCACCGGAAAUCGCUGGAAAGUAUACCCCCCCCCCAAAAGCCCCAGUCAGUGAUCUCAAAACAUGGCAGUAACAAAAUUCCCUAAAGCCAGCACACUGUGGGUCAUGUAGUCUUUUCCAUUUUAAUUCAUUUCUUGUUUCAGAGAAAUUUUCUUUCAGUUCCAAGGUGACUUGCAUUUUUUGGCUUUCUUUGUGCCAUACAUAAAGAAAAUGCAAGUGGAGAGUAACACUUGCAGCCCUACUAUAUAAGUAUUCACAUGGAAGCCCUACUUUCAGCUUGCCCAAGGCUCUUAAUGUCGUGGUCUGUACUAGUUUGCACCUUGAGACUUUAAACUUCUGCAACUUGCUCAUUCCAUCCUGUCAUUUGGUCUUUGUCAUAUAAUCUUUCUGCCUGCAGCUAAGUGGCCUCCUGCUUUAAAUUAAUUUGCCUUAGAGAUGCCUUCCCCCACAAAACUUGAUUUAAGCCUAUAUGUCUAUGCAGUUAUUUGUGUGAUCCCCACCCCAUCCCACUGGAAUUUACAUGGAGGGUCACAUUCUGCACUUGAACUUUCCUUUUUUGUCCAUUUUGGGUUUGCAUACAGUAUCUCACAGCAAGAGGUACAAGCAGUUACACCAUUGGUGCGGACAAUCUUGCAUUUUUCUGAUUCCAUUGUGUCUUCUCAAUUUUUUGUUCCUUAUAUUUUUGUGUGAAUUUAUACCAUUGCACACAUCCACCUAGAAGUGUAACUAUUUUUGCCUGUCAGAAUCUAGUUACUUUGUGAUCAUGGUAAAUCCACUAGUUUAGGCUUCCUUUCAAGGUUACACGCCCACUUUUUCAGCACACUGAUUUUAUUUAUUGAAAGGUACAUAGGUGAAUUUGCAACGUUAAUAAAAACUCCCAAACUUUCAGUUUUGAGGGGAAACCGCCUGUGUACGAAAGCUUGUAAACAUUAUUUGGAUUUGUUGAGACUAAAGUUGAAAAGAGAAAGGAUUUGUUAGUACUAACAAAUGCCUACAGCUAUAGUAGUAGCAAUGCCAAACUGCAGUGGUCUUGUUUCUAAUGAGUAUAGCAGCACCUUUACAUUUAUUAACCAUAAGCUAAACACAAGCAGUGUUUGUAAAUUACAUUAUUUGCCUUUUCAGUUACAUGUGAACUGGUAAGUUGACCGUUAAGAUUAGUUUAGUAGCAUACAUUUUAACUUGUAACAAACUUAGCCAAUAGAUAUUUGAAAUCUUAUUUUUCACAAAUAUGUACAUUGUGGGAGAAACUGAAUUGGAAUGUUUGUAUUGGCAUACUUUGUUGUAGUUUUAGAUUCUGGUACAGUUCUGGUACAGUUUUCACACUGCAUGUUCAUUUUAUUCUGUUUUGACAUUGCCAAUUUUAGAUACUGAAUUUGAAAGGAAGCAGCACUCUUAUUGGGAUACUUUUAAAAUUUAACUGCUUAAGAUAGUUCAGUGCAGGAAAAUAUUGUGGUUGCUAAAUUGUUAGGGUCUCUUAUUUAUCAGUACCUUUUUUAUAAUGUGGAUGAAAAUUGUUAAAUUAUUUUAGAACCUGUGGUGUUUUCUGUAAAUGUCACACUUAUUAAUAAAUUGACUUCAGUAAUGAAAUACAACAAUCCUAUCAGACUACUAUAUUUAGUGCACUUCAAAAGAAAAAGGUUAAUGGUGAGUGAAACUGUUUGCAUACUAUCUGUUGUUCUUCCCUGUUUAAUUCACAGAAAACUAAGUGACAAGUUUUUUUAAAAAAUAAAGAAAAGCCGACCUGUGAAAACUUCA